AUGUCACCACCGACAAUAACAGGACUCGGUGUCAUCGCAUUCGCCAACAACAUCUACUGGGCCGUCAAGAUGAAGCCGGAGGGCGCCAAGAUGGUCUACUCGAUAUAUGUGCCCACCGAACUCGUCCAGCAGGUAUACGGCGUGUCGAAUGGCGAUUUUGUAAAAGUGACGGCGACAAAAUGGGAGGCGCCUUCCGGCCUUUCUUUUACCGGCAUAACCUAUAAAGCGACGGCGGCCCGCUGGCACGGCCACCCGAAAAUGAUCGAGGGCCAGGCGCGCGUCCACAACACCGACCCCAACGGCGAAUUCUGCUUUUUGGAGUAUGUCGAGACCGGCAAACUGAUAAAGAUAUUCGCCGUCCGUACGAAUUGGCGGCCCGAAGUGCCGUCGCUGGCCGGAAUUUUAAAAGCCGGCGAUUCGGUCACCUUUCGAGCCCAAGAGCAGCCAUUUGCGGGCGGCAAUCAGGCGGAUGUGCGGUUUAAGACCGUCUACUUCACCCAUGCCAAUAAUUCGAUCGAUGCGGAUGGGACUGUUACGCCGAAGGUGCGCGCCGUCCCCGGAACAACCCCAAAAGCCCGUGGAACUACGGCCACCGUCGAAAAGCAGAAAAUCGUCUCCACCUCGCCAGCCCCCACCACAACUCGUCUACCCAUCACUACAACAGCAACCCCUUCAACGCCAUCAAAACCCGAACCCAAACCCAAAGCAAAAGCCGAGCUCCCCGAGCCCCGGCCCGACGCGUGGAAUAUGGAGCGACGGAGAUCCGACGCCUCCACCCCAGUCGACAAUAUUGUAAAGGAGAUGGUAAAACUGGAGGUGAAAGCCGAGCCGAAAACACGGGAAGAACGCUGGCAGGCCGAUAUGCAGGCCAUUUCCUAUCUAACGCAACUGCUCGCCGAUGGCCAUUGUUCGGGAUGUGUCGCCCAAGCCACGAUGACGCGCACACCGACGCGCGAGGCGGCCAAGCGCUCGGCGCAGAAGACGAACGCCAUGCUGGAGGGGGGAACGCCGCCCAAGACGCCCAAACGAGACGAGUCGCGCACGCCUAGGAAAUCCCUCACUCGAUCGGCUCAAAAACAACAACAGGCGCCGGCGGAGAAGACCUCGAAAAAGCCGGCAGCUCGACGCCUCGAUUUUGGUGACGCCGACUCGCCGCAGGAGGAUGAGCGAUCAGCCCGACUCUCUGCCAGAAAACAACCUGCAUCGUCCACAGCACGACCCGUUGGGAGGCCAAGGAAAGAAACUGGAACCCCGGCCCGGAAGCGCCUCGAAUUUGACGAUGAAAAUCUGGAGCAAUCUGACGACGACGAUGACGAGAACUUUGACCCGCAGUUAAAAGCAACGGCGUUGAAACCAAGAGGUCGUCCACGGAAGGUGAUGAAUACAGUGGGAGCUCAUGACGGCCAGGCAACGCCCAGCAAGAUCCUCGCCGACCAGAUCAACCGCAUUAGCAUCGGGAACAUCGACAAGUCUCCAGAGCUUGAUGAUCAAUUUCUCGACGAGUUCGAUCAGAUUCAGUUGAGUCGCGCGGAUCGGUAUUUCCAGCGGGGGCGCGGAACCGGUGCCCGUGGUCGUGGCCGACGAGGACGGGGCGGCAAAACGAAUCGACGCGAGGGCGGUCGGAUUGCUAAAACUUCUGAUGCCAUGGAGGAAGACGAAGAGCCGCUGGACGAUCUGGCCUCCCUCGAGGUUCUGGACCUGGCCUCCAUCAAGGAUUAUAUGGCGAGCUUCUCCUACGAGAAUCCUCCACUCCCGAAAAGCCGGCUGGAGAAGAAUCGAAAGGACGCCGAGGCGCUCUUCACCCAGUGGCAGCUAUAUUCGAACUUUGGCUUCAAUUUCUUGGUCCAUGGUGUCGGCUCGAAAAAGUGUCUGUUGGAAGAGUUCCAGGAACGCUUUCUGCAGGGCGAGGAUACUUUUAUGAUUGACGGCUACCUGCCGACCGUGACGAUGAAGGGGAUUCUGGGCGCGAUCAACGAGUCGUUAAAGCUGAAAAUUGCGCCAAAACGCAAGAUGAACACCUCGGAUUGGGCGAGGUCCGUCGGCAGGGCCAUCCGAAAAAGGAAGGAGCAUGUCUAUCUGCUGCUCAACAGUUUGGAUGGGCCGCAUAUACGAAAUGACAUCGCGAUCCUGGCGAAUCUCAUCUCGGCCGCCCCAGAACAUCUACACCUCAUCGCCACCGUCGAUCACCUCAAUUCGAUGCUUCUUUUUGAUACGUGUACCCUCGGGGCAUUCCGAUUCCUCUUCUGCGCCCACUCGAAUAUGCGAUUGCCUGCUGAAGAGAUUCUCGCGUCCGAGAUUCGCAUAUUAGGAAUGAGCGCGAAGAACGCGAAAAUCCAGCACACCGUCGCCUCACUCGACGUCAUCUGGACUUCAUGCCCGGAGAAUUCUCGCAAGAUAUUCCGGCUCUUCUUCGCGCUCUACUUUGCCCAAAACGCGUCCGUCUCAUUCUGGGAUCUCUUUGAUCAAGCACGCGAUCGUUUCUACGUGUCGACUGACGUGGCCCUACGACAGCAGAUUGUCGAAUUUGAGGACCACAAUAUUGUGCGCAUUCGCAGAUCUGAGGAUGGUAACGAGAAACUGACGGCCGCCGUCGAUCGCGAGCUGAUCGAACGCUUCUUACAAGAGAAGGGCCUCACACUGAAUGCUGACGAUGAUGACGACGAU